CUCGACAGAUCCGGCAAAGUGCUGCCGAACCCGUGGCAGCCCCACAUAGUGUUCUUUCGUUGUGGAGGGGCAACCUUGGCGACCCGGUGAUUCUCUGCUGGACGCUUCCGUCCUUCCCACCCACCCAGCAACAGCGCCGAUCGUUUGGCCGUGUCAGAGACGCCGACCACGCCUAAUGCCGAACUGAGCCCCCGCCCCAGGUCCUGCACAUCGUGAUCAUUCUUAGACGCGACCUCGCGUCUAGCUGCAGGAACGAAUUCACGGGCCCUUCCGCCGCCUGGGCUGCGACUCGGAAGACUGUCGAGGGGACCUGAAGAGAAAUGCGUUUGCUGGCUACCGGAGCGCCGCCGCCGAUCCGUGCCUCAGCUCGCCGCCCGUGGAAACUUGGUGCUAGCACGCAGUCCAGCCAAGAAUGCAUCCCUCAAUCGUAAACACGAGCAUCAUCGACCUGCUCGAGGCCGACCCGCGACCUUCCCUCAUUGUUGCCCUCGACCCGCAUCUGCCCACCGUCGUCUACACGAAUCCCGCCUUUUCGAGCUACGUGACGCUCGUGGACCUCAUUACGGCCAGGAGCGAGGAGUGCAGACCGUUAUGGGAGUGGAUCAUCACAGGCGGCUCGACCCCGUCGGGCCUGGACGUGGCCGCAAAGGACGGGCGCUUUGCUCGCUCGUCCUUUGUGUACUCGAAGGUCCUCUGGACGCGAUCGGUGGUCCACGAGCAGAUGGUUGUGGUAGGCGCAAACGAGCAGAUCUCUCCAUCGGAACCGCCGCGUAAGGUGCGGCUCGAUGUUGCGGAAGCUCAGCACGGCGGCGUCGGCAAUGGCUCGCCGCCAAGACGCAUCAUGCCCGUCGAGACCGACAAGACAACCGCCGUUCCCGAGAACCAGGCCGCUUCCCUUCCUUUGCCGCCUUUGCCGCCUUUGCCACCUUUGCCGGAGGAUGACCGCCGCGUCGACCCACCAGCAACCGCCUUGCCGGCAGUUGCGAAGGAGAGGCCGCCCCCUGGGGCAGACGCUGUUGAGUCUCUUGGACAGGCGGAACACGAUCCCCGGUGGAUAGUGCCCGACAUCACACCGGAGCAACGCCCAUUUCUCGAUGACAUCAACAGUGUCGACUGGGCGGCCACCCCGCUCGGUCCCAUGCGGUCCUGGCACCCGAAGCUCGAUGAGACGGUGAAUCAGAUUCUUGUCGAUAGCCGCCCAAUCGCCGUCUAUUGGGGCCCAUCGUAUAUCACCAUCUACAACGAAGCCUUCAGCAAGCUUGUGGGGUCGAAGCAUCCUGCAAUGCUCGGCAUGCCGGUCCAGGAAGCCUGGGCUGAAGCCGGUCAGCGUCUGAGAGACACCAUGCACAGCAUCUCCAGCAACCAGAUGAGCGCCGUGGAGGACGAGUGGAGGUUCUUUGUUGAGAGAGAGCCGGAAGUAGAGGGCGGUCCUCCUCUGCUCGAGGAAACGUAUCUGAAAUGGUCCGUGAUCCCGAUUUGCGAGAACAACAAGUAUCUCGGUUUCAUGCAUCCCGUGGCCGAGACGACAAGCGUGCGGCUGUGGGAGCGCCGCAUGAAGAUGCUCAUCGAACUAGGCGAGGCUCUGGCCACCGCGAGAGACGUGGACAGUUACUGGGAAAGAACGCUUCAAGAGUUCGCUAAAGUCGAGCCGCGUUACGACAUCCCCUUGGCUAUUCUGUACGUCGUGGAAGACGACCUGGAGGCGGGCGACAGCACCCCCGUGUUGCCCCGUCCGCCGAAAAGAUGCCGCCUACAGGGCGCAUUGGGCGUCCCCGAGAAGCAUCCGAUUGCGCCAGCACUGCUCAAUCUCCGGACGGGUACGGAGGCGCUAUGUUGCUCCUUUAGACAGGCACUAGAAGCCCAGCAUCCCACACUGCUACAGACACGCGACGGGACAUUGCCACCGUCGCUGCUUGAAGGCUUGCAAUGUAGAGGCUUCGAGGGCGAUCCUUGCCGAGCGGCCGUGAUCUGCCCGAUACGGCCGACCAAGGAGGAGGACGUGAUGGGUUUCCUGGUCCUCGGCCUCAAUCCCAGGCGUCCGUACGACAACGACUACCGGCAAUACAUAUCUCUGCUGAGCCAAAAACUGGCCACUUCUUUAGCCUCGGUUGUCCUGCUCGAGGAGGAGACCCGGCGAGGUCGAAACGCCGCCGAACAGGCUGCCUUCGACCAGGCUAUGCUCAAGGAGAAGUUGGAGGUGCAGACAAAAGAAGCAAACGAGUCGAUGCAGAUGUUUGAAGCGGUAGCCGAGUUUGUCCCGGUCGGCAUGUGCUUUGGCGACGCCCACGGCAACAUCACGUACGCCAACGACGCCUGGUACAAAAUCAUGGGCUAUCAGGGAACAGGGCCCAUCGCGGACUACGGCUUCCUCUCGUGCGUCAAAGAGGAGGACCGGCCGGUUAUGAUAGCCGAAUACGAGAAGCUCAAUACGAUCCGCAACGUCGAGUUUGAGUUUCGCGUGAAGCGACAGGCCAAUGCUGCCAAUCCGGCUCUGACGCCGCCAUUGACCCGCACGUCGCCAAGCUUCGAGAAGGCCGGGCUUGAAUUGGUCUCGCCUGAGGAUCUGAAGGAGCGCCACGUGCUCGCAAGUGCGAGGGCGGAGCUUGGGGCGGACGGCGGUGUCAUCCGGGUCUUGACUUGUUUGACAGACGUAACGGCGCACAAACGGGCCGCGGAAGAGGCCGUGCGCCGCGCCCAGCAGGCCGAAAACCUAAAACGGAUGGCCGAGUUCGCCACGGUCGGCAUGUACGACAUGGACCUCGACGGGCGGCUACUCGGUGCCAACAACGUCUUUUUCGAGCUGUGCGGGCUGCAGAAGGUCGAUCCGGCCGAAACCGACAUCAGACCAUGGAAAAUCUGUGUCCGCGACGAGGAUUACUCCCUGCUCACGGAAAAGGUUACCAGAAUGGUGGUGGAGGACAAGGUGCAGAAUGUCGAGGUCCGGCUCAACACCACCUGGACAGCCGACGACGGCACGGGCCAUAAGGUCGUCAUGCCGCGGUGGGUGCAGGCGACAUUGAUGCCCGUCAGGACGACGGAGGGCGUCAUACAAAGCUUCACGGGCUGCCUGAGCGACGUUUCGCUGCAGAAAUGGCAGCUGGAGUCAGAGAAGGAACGAAAAGAGGAAGCAAUCGAGUCCAAACGGCAGCAGGAGAACUUCAUCGAUAUGACGUCGCACGAGAUGCGGAACCCCCUGAGUGCGAUUAUCCAUUGCGCAGAUGCGAUUACGGCCACGCUGUCUCGAGUUCAGGAACUCCUCGGAAACGUCUUCGACCGGAAGCCCGCCGGGGCAGCGGAAAACGACGACGUUACGGAGCCCGGCAAGGAUGAAGCGUCGACGAUCAGUAUGAGCAACGACUGGCUAGCCGAAACACGCGAGUUCGUCGAGAACAGCAUCGACAACGCCGAGACCAUUGUCAGCUGUGCACAACACCAGAAGCGGAUCGUGGACGAUAUUCUCACCAUGUCGAAGCUGGACUCGAGCCUCCUGUCGAUCACGCGGGUCACGGUAGACCCGAUCCAGAUGGUCCAGGAGGCGCUCAAGAUGUUCGAGGUUGAAGCUCGGCGGGUCGAUAUCAACCUGAGCAUGAUUGUCGACCGCUCCUACCGCGAGCUCGGCAUCAAGUUCCUCGACUUUGACCCGUCGCGGCUGAAGCAGGUGCUCAUCAAUCUGCUCACCAAUGCGCUCAAGUUCACCAAGACGGGCCCGACCAGGAACGUCACGGUGGCCAUCAGCGCGAGUCUCUCCCCACCGACAGAGGCCACCAGCAAAGUCCAAUUCAUCCCGCGGUCAGAGGAGUCUCUCGAGGAUGCGCACGAGCAGCCGGUUCAUGCCAACCACGCCAACCCCGUCUUCCUGGUGUUUGAGGUCGAGGACACGGGCGAGGGCCUGACGGAGGAAGAGAAGAAGAGCCUUUUCCAGCGCUUCGUGCAGGCGUCCAGCCGCACCCAUGUCAAGUACGGCGGCUCUGGCCUGGGCCUGUUCAUCAGCCGCCGCCUGACCGAGCUGCAGAACGGCUCCAUCGGUGUGGCCAGCCAGCCUGGCGUUGGCAGCACGUUCGCCUUCUACAUCGAGGCCUACCGGCCGACCGAGGCCGCCUUCCGCGAGGCAGAGGCCGGCGCGGCUGGCGCCCAGUUAGCCCUAUCCGCGGUGCGAACUAGCCCCAGCGUGAGCAGAAGGGGAAGCAACAAGCGCGUCGUGAGCAGCAGCACAUUCACUAGCGAGUCCACCGCUGCGAGCCUGGGAAGGACAGACUCGGGAUUUAGCCCUACAACAACGGCUGCCAUAACGCCCAGCAGCGAAAUAAGCAUAAGCCCUCUGCUGAUGCCGCCCGCCCCGCAGAUCAACGGCAUCCUCGUCGUCGAGGACAACCUCAUCAAUCAGCAGAUUACGCGCCGCGGGCUCCUCAACAUGGGCUUCCGAGUUGACGUGGCCAACCACGGCAUCGAAUGCCUCGAGAAGCUCCGCCAAACAGAUCGCUAUAUCCCUCCGGCCCCGGCCCCGUUCCCGUCCUCGAGCUCUUCCCUACCCAAGGGCGGCGGCAGCGCCGCAUCCAGCAGCGGCUCUACGACCCAGCCUUUCCCGCUCUCCAUGAUCCUGAUGGACAUAGAGAUGCCCGUCCAGGACGGGCUGACCUGCACGCGAAACAUCCGUCAGCUGGAGCGCGCGGGCAAGAUCGUGGGCGGGCGAAUUCCCAUCAUCGCGGUCAGUGCCAACGCGAGGAUGGAGCAGAUCGGCGAGGCCAGAGACGCCGGCUGCGACGACGUGCUGGUGAAGCCGUACCGCAUGCCGGAGCUGCUUGACAAGAUGAGGAUUGUCAUGGCGCGCGUUGCUGCUGCUGCUACCGCCGCCGCCGCCGCCAGCGAUCGAUGAUUUUGGGCGCGGGGGAGG